AUGAUUUCCAUUCGUCCAGCUACCGUCGAUGAUCUGCUGUCUAUACAAAACUGCAACCUGAUGAACCUUCCAGAGAACUAUCAGAUGAAGUAUUAUAUCUAUCAUGCUAUCUCCUGGCCACAACUCUCUCAGGUUGCUGUUGACCAUUCGGGCCGUAUCGUGGGUUAUGUCCUGGCCAAAAUGGAGGAAGACCCCACUGAAGAACCACAGGGCCAUAUCACUUCUCUCUCUGUCAUGCGCAACUGGAGGAGACUAGGAAUUGCUGAGAAACUAAUGAUUCAAGCUCAGAAAGCCAUGGCUGAAAACUUUAAAGCUAAGCAAGUAUCACUGCAUGUCCGUAAGAGCAACAGAGCUGCAUUGCAAUUAUACAGAGAUAAUCUCAAGUUCAGUGUAAAGGAAGUUGAAAAAGGCUACUAUGCAGACGGAGAGGAUGCAUAUGCUAUGCGCAAGAUAUUGAGUUGA